GCGUGGCUAAGCUUGUGUCACCGGGUCCGGUUGCUAUGCAGUUAGCAGGCUUCUGCUUGGCAUGUGAUUAGCUUAAAAUCCUAAAACGAGCGAACUAUGAAAAUACCGGGACGUGUUCGGAGCCACAGAGACAAACUGUCAAAAACAGACGAAUAGCAGACAGCAGAUCAAUAUAGAGGUUUAUUCAACAUACAUGUAGCCUUCAGUCAGGAGACACUUCGUGUUUGUGACGACCAGCAAGCAGAGAAUGGUGACUCUUCUCACCUAAACCUCACUUCCAGUAACUCUAACUGGUGAAUAUGGGCUUCUUAAGGCUGGUAGCCAGAAUCGUGGGACGGAUUAGCACAUUCAGAUCCUAUCAGUUUGUGCUUCUCCUGGCUGCCACGCUUGCUGUAAUAGCUUUUUACUACUUUGGUUCUGAGAGGCACAGCUUCUCCAGCACUACGAAGAGGAUAAGGCAGACCCAGGCCAACACCAACAGAAAUGAUGCUGACCUAAAUGUGGACACCAGGAUUUCACACCUUCCUGAAUCAGAAGAGCAAAGAGAGGAAGUCCCGAAUGUAGGAGAGGAAGGUGACUUUUACAGGUCCAGGAAAGGGAGUUUCGACGCUGCCGUCCAGCGCUAUCAUGUUCUCAUGAUGUUCACCAAGGUGGACAGGAGCAAAAGCCUGCAGGAUAAAUUCAGGGUGGCCAUGUUGUCCAUGGUGAAACAUGCACAUUUCCUGGAAGGAGAAGUAUUGGUGCUUCACUUUGUGAGUGAUCAGGUCAGCCAAGAGUUGGGCCAGAGGAUGCUGCAGGAGUUUCUGCAGGAUUCAACAUUUAAACAUGAGAUCAUCUUCCACGAUGUGGUGGAACUCACACAGAAGCUGUUCCCCAUCGUGGAGGCCAUGCAGAAGCAUUUCAGUGCAGGCUCUGGAGCUUACUACAGCGACUCCAUCUUCUUCCUGUCUGUAGCCAUGCAUCACAUCAUGCCUGACAAUCUGACUCAAAUAGUGCAGCUUGACCUUGACCUCAAGUACAAGACUAACAUCAGGGACCUUUUCCAGGAAUUUGACAAAUUUCCUCCCGGAGCAGUCAUAGGAAUCACCAGAGAGAUGCAGCCAGUCUACAGACACACCUUCUGGCAGUAUCGUAAGGAGAACCCUAAGACCAGAGUAGGAGAACCUCCUCCUGAGGGCCUUCCUGGCUUCAACAGCGGUGUAAUGCUAUUGGACCUGAGCGCUAUGAGAGCUUCAGCUCUAUAUAACCAACUGCUGAAGCCCAGCAAUGUGGCCAAACUAGCAGAUCAGUAUCGCUUCAGGGGCCACCUGGGGGACCAGGACUUCUUCACAAUGAUCGGCAUGGAGCAUCCUGAAUUGUUUUACUCCCUGGCCUGUGGCUGGAACCGACAGCUGUGCACCUGGUGGAGGGACCAUGGCUACGGAGAUGUGUUUCAGUUGUAUUAUGGUUGUGAUGGACCUGUUUAUAUUUAUCAUGGGAACUGCAAUUCCCCCAUUCCGGACGACUAAGCUGUCUACUGGUGUCUUUUUGGCGCAGAAAAAAACAUCCAUUGUGUAGCAGGAGGAAAUAAUUUCUCUUGCUGUGGGAUUUAAGACAUGUUUUCCAGAGAAAUUGAAUUUCUUUACCAUGAUAACGGGCUGUGCCCCUCAGCUGGCCAACGGGAUAUCAAAGGGCUCCCUACAAAAUGUCUGAUUUUACUGGUCAUUAUUUUAUGAUCAGCCUAAAGCUCAUGACUUAGACAACAGCAACAUAGAGGGAGUGCGCUUUUGCAUAGAUUGGAUUGACUCAUGCAGCACCUCGCUGCAAAGAUAAUACAUUACAUUCCUGUUUCAGAGAAAUUAAACCUGGUGGUUGAUGUGCUAAAGGGAGUUCAGAGCUGUGGAACCAAAUAUAAACUUUCCAAAGAGCUGUCUGUGAUUAUGGAUGCUGUUGUGAGUUUUUCUCAAUAAAUGCUGAGAUAAGA